AUGGGUAGUGUUGCUCAUAUUAAAGAUGAUAAGAAGGAGUUGGUUCGUGAUGUUCCUAGAUUAGCCCGAUUGGGUGUUCGAUUAGUUGUCUCCACCAAAGGUGGUGUUAUGGUCUAUAAUGGUUUAGAAUCGUGUUUUGUGUCAGAUCUGAAGGACAAGCAAGGUGUUGAUCCGAAUUUGGUCGAAUUGAAGGAAGUGGUGCUUGAGAAGUGCUUCGAUACCCGGGUUGUUUGUGUGUUCCCAAUGAUGAUGACCUAUGGGGUGCAUCUAGUUUUCCAUGUCUCCUUGUUGAAGAAAUGUGUCGGUGAUUCAGCAGCUAUAGUAUCAUUGGAGAGUCUUGGUAUAAAGGAUAGUCUUUCUUAUGAACAAGUUUCAGUUGAGAUUUUAGACCGAUAUGUUGAGCAUGUUGCUCAAGAUGAUUCUAAUACCUCUGAGACUAAUAAGGAUGAGUUAGGUGUAGAAGUGGAGCAUGAUGUCGAUGUUCAAAUGAUUGACCCGUAUGCUGAGAUAGACGAAUUAGAGAAGGAUAUGAAUACAAGAGGGAGACCCGCAAGGAGAGUAGGAGAAGAGGAUGUGAAUGAGGAAGUUCCUCCCCAAGUUGUGCAAAAUGGUCAAGGUGUGCAAUGCAAUCAAGUUCCUAUAGGUGAGCAAGAGAAUGAGGUUCCGGUGGUUCCCCCGGAUAUGACCAAUGAAGAGAUUAGGUCGGCUUUCUUAAUCUUGGCCCGAGCCAUGGCGGCUCAAGCGACUAGAGAUAUGGGGCCUAGGGUGAAUGCUAAUGAGGGUACUAUGGCUUCUAAGUUGAGAGACUUUGUGAGGAUGAAUCCUCCGGUGUUUCUAGGUUCUAAGGUGGGAGAGGAUCCCCAAGAAUUUUUGGAUGAAGUGUAUAAGGUAGUGAGUGCUAUGGGGGUGACUUCAAGAGAAAAGGCGGAGCUUGCCUCCUAUCAAUUGAAAGAUGUUGCCCAAAUUUGGUUCACUCAAUGGAAGGCUAAUAGGCCGGUGGGAGCGGAUCCUAUAGAAUGGGAGGAGUUUAAGGAAGCUUUCCUUGGUAGGUACUUUCCCCGUGAGAUGAGGGAGUGUAAGGUUGAGGAGUUUAUCAAUCUUCGGCAAGGUAAUAUGAGUGUGCAAGAGUAUUCCUUGAGGUUUACCCAAUUGUCUAAGUAUGCCCCAUCUUUGGUGUCAAACCCUAGGGAUGAGAUGAGUAGGUUUGUGACCGGCGUAUCCGACCUAGUCAAGGAAGAGUGCCAUACGGCAAUGCUCCAUAAUGACAUGAACAUUUCUAGGCUCAUAGUGUAUGCUCAAUCCAUUGAGGAGUCCAAACUUAAGAGGAUGAAUAGGAAUGUGAAGAGGGGUAGAUCCGAUGAGCAAAGUCAACCUAGGUUCAAGAAGAGGGCUCAAGAUCAAGAUUUUUCAAGUGCUCCUAAGGUUAACCAAGAUAAAGGUGGUGGAUCUCAAUUUUCUAAACCUACUUGCACCACUUGUGGCAAGAGGCACUAUGGGAAGUGCCUAGCCGGUACUAAUGGAUGCUAUGGUUGUGGGAAGAAUGAUCACAAGGUGAAAGAUUGUCCUACUUUUACGGCUAGAGGAAGGGAGGCAAAGCAAGCUUCUAAAGAUGGAACGGUUCCUAUUCCUCCAAAUUAUGGUCGUUUCUAUGCUCUCCAAGCUAGCAAGGACAAGGAAGCUAAUCCGAAUGAAGGCGCCGGUUCCGGCAAGUGAUCCCUCCUAGCUAGUUUGAAGUGUUGGAUUGCUUUCCUCCAAGACUUGGUAUGUCCUCAUGGAUUCGAGGAUAAGACUUUUAAGUUCUUUUGUUCAUGUAAUAGACUUCUUUUGAUUGUAAAGGGCCGUGUCCCUACUUAUGUUUUGCGACUGUGUCUAAGAUGGCCAUGUGAGACUUAGACUUCCGCUGUGUGUUUUUAAAGUUGUUUUAAGAAGUUUAAAUGUGUGGAUGUAAAUAAGUUU